UGGGAGGAGCUCAGAAGCAAGCGGACGCAGGGUCGGCGGCAGCAGCUGGCUGAAGUCAGCCCAGGGCUCGAGGCCCAGCGCAGUGAUGUCGGAGCUCAGCGAUGAAGCCAGUGAGCCAGAACUCCUGACCCGCAGCUUGUCCAUGUGGCAUGGGCUGGGUGCACAGGUCAGCUGGGAGGAACUGGCUGUGCCCUUGGAUCUCCACACAGCUGCUUCCAUCGGCCAGUAUGAAGUGGUGAAGGAAUGUGUGCAGCGGAGAGAGUUAGAUUUGAAUAAGAAGAAUGGUGGUGGCUGGACCCCGCUGAUGUAUGCCUCCUACAUUGGACACGAUACCAUCGUGCACCUGCUGCUCGAGGCGGGGGUGAGUGUGAAUGUGCCGACCCCGGAAGGGCAGACUCCACUGAUGCUGGCUUCCAGCUGUGGCAACGAGAGCAUCGCCUACUUUCUCCUCCAGCAAGGUGCUGAGCUAGAAAUGAAGGACAUUCAAGGCUGGACUGCCCUCUUCCACUGCACCAGUGCAGGGCAUCAGCAGAUGGUCAAGUUCCUUUUGGACAGUGGAGCAAAUGCCAACGUGAGGGAGCCAAUAUAUGGAUUCACUCCUUUGAUGGAAGCAGCUGCUGCUGGCCAUGAAAUAAUCGUGCAGUAUUUUCUGAAUCAUGGAGUCAAAGUGGACACAAGAGACCACAGUGGAGCUACAGCCCGAAUGCUGGCUAAGCAGUACGGACACAUGAAGAUAGUGGGGUUGAUAGAUGCUCACUCGCUUUCUCUGCCCAAGAACCUCUAUCGGAGCCCAGAAAAAUACGAAGAUCUGAGCUCUUCGGAUGAAUCCUGCCCUGUUCCUCAGAGACAGAGGCCCUGUCGGAAAAAGGGCCUCAGCAUCCAUGAGGGGCCUCGGGCUUUGGCCAGGAUCACAGCUUUUGGACUUGGAGACAAGACCCAGCCAUCUUGCUAUGAGCAGGUGCCUCCACGGGGCUAUGUCACCUUCAACAGCAGUGAUGAAAAUCCCCUAGAAGGAGGAGGCCUCUGCUACAGGGAUGUCACCUCCCCCAUCAAUGACCGGGACGUGGAAAGCAGCAGCAGCAGCAGCCGGGAAGAGCAGGCCUUCAGUGCCCACCUUGGGGCUGUGCGGAGCAGCAGCAGCAGCGAGGGCCUGGCAAGAGCCCCAGGAGUUAGCAGUGAGGCCUCUUUGGAGAGCAAUGAGGAUUCAGAUAAUGCACGUAAAAGCUCAGUUCGCAAACAAACUAAAAGUUAUGUGAAGAUCAAGAAUCGCUACAGCAAUAGUGACAACCAGUGGCCUCCCAGUACCGGGACUUCCGGGGCAGCCUGUUCUCCAGGAUCUAUCCCCAAGACUGAGAGGUUCCCCUAUUCAGGACCCCAGGACCUUGCCACACUGCUGGAGCAGAUUGGAUGUCUGAAGUACCUACAGCUGUUCGAGGAACAGGACGUGGACCUUCGAAUCUUCCUAACCCUCACUGAGAGCGACCUAAAGGAAAUCGGCAUCACGCUGUUUGGACCCAAGAGAAAGAUGACUUCUGCCAUCGCCCGCUGGCACAGCAGUGCCCGCCCCCCCAGUGAUGCCCUGGAGCUGGCCUAUGCUGACAGGCUGGAAGCGGAGAUGCAGGAGCUUGCCAUCCAGCUGCACAAACGCUGUGAGGAGGUGGAGGCCAUGCGGGGUCAGGUAUCCCAGGAGCAGGAGCUGCGAGCGGUGGUGGAGAGUUGCCUCCUGGAGCAGGACAGCACCCGCAAGGACAUCCUUGCCCAGCUGCAGGAGACCUGGGCCCUGGCCCGGGAUGCUGCUCUCAUCCUGGACCAGCUACAAGCCUGUCAGGCUGAGCUGUCGGCCCGAGUGAAGCGAGACGAGUUCCCCCUUGGGGCCACUCUAGGCCCAGCCCUCCCCACAGCAGACUCCAAAGGCUGGCAGGCUUCCUUGCAGGCCCUGAGCCUCCCCGAGCUGUCAGGAACAUUGGAGGAUCGAGUCCAUGAGAUGGGGCAAGUGCUGUGCUCAGUGACCCAGGGUCUGGAGAAGCUGCAGGUGCUGAAUGGGAAAGAGAACUGGCGGGAGCCUUAGCAGAGGAACGUCCUCCCUUUUUCUUCUCAGUCUGACGUUGGGUGACUGAUCCACCCUGAAGCUGUGUGCCCGGAGGACAGGAGGG